AUGCAAAAACAUAUUGGUUCCACCACAAUCAUCGACGAACCGUUCGAAUGGUCCGACGAUAGUAGUUUAGAGGUGUUUGCUAACGCCAUUGAGUCCGAAGAAGCCGAAAGUUUCAUGACGCGGUCACGGGCGAAACGUAAAGUCGUGACCCGCAACCAUUGGACUGCUUUAGAAAGGUUGCACCGCGACUACUUUUGUGAAGAACCGAAAUACGACGAUGAUUUUUUGAAGAUAGGUAUCGAUUUAUGGAUAUGGCACGCCUUUUUUGGUCCUCCGAGUGCUCUAAACGACAUCAAUGUGCUGCAACAAUCUCCCUUGUUCAUCCCCGAGCGUCUGGGCAUUGCUCCUUGCGUUCCAUUCAGUGUAAAUGGGCGUACUUAUAAAUGUGGCUAUUAUAUAGUCGAUGGCAUAUAUCUUACAUGGUCUACGUUUGUUAAAGCGUACAAAUACCCUACCGACCUGAAAGAAAAAAUGUUCAAAACGGCACAAGAGGCGGCUCGCAAAGAUAUUGAACGGGAAUUUGGUGUUCUCAAAGGAAAAUGGCAUAUCAUUGAUCGACCGUUUCGACAACGGUCACUAGGAACAAUAAGGAACUUGGUGUAUGCGUGUGUGAUUCUGCACAACAUGAUCAUUCAGGAUAGUGGUCGUGCGAUUUGCCCAGUUCAUAUAGGAGAUCCAGUUGUCCGCCCAAGUAGUCAUCGGGACGCCUUACCGGAGAUACAGGACGAGGAGACACAUUUCCGUCUCCGGUAUGAUCCGACAGAGCAUAUAGCGGGUCUAAACUUACCACACCUCCAGCCGAACGAUGAUGAGGAGUAG